AUUUAAGCACAAGUGGAGCUGCCUGUGUGAAAGACUCAGUUUGGUCUCAAUCGCUUGUUGGCGCUGAUCGCCAUCUUGUGGUUGACAGGAAGUUCUGCAGUCUUGCAUCGACAGUGUCGAGGUCGUCCCUCUGAGAAUAAGCACGGAGAUAACACAGUAACUUAAAUUGUGGGCUUCUUGUGUUUCCCGACAAACGCUGCCCUUAAAAUAAAUGUGUUUUGGAUGUCCACAGUCAAUUGUAGCGUAAUGCAGCCUAGUGUUAUAAACGUCGUCACAUGAGUCAACUUGUAACCAGGCUUGUUAUUCUCCAAGACUGCGCUGUAAAUAACAAGGCCUGUGGCAGUAAUUAGGCAAAAUAAACACACAUGGAUUAGCUUUAAUAAAAGUAGCACGCAGUCUCGGGACAGUAGCACGGAAGAACAGUCUACAUUUUCGACUUGGUGGAUUUUAACAAGGCCUCCAAACAGCUCGAGCGCUGAUACCGCUGUGUUGUCGGUGACAUUUGAGGUUAAGGUGUCACAUGAGUCUCAGGGAAUGCAGCUCCAGUCUUCCACCCCGAUCUUUGUGGCUCUCCUGCAGCGUCUGGAAAGAUUUCAUGGGAAAGAUUCAGAUCCACUGUCGCUCCAUGACAUCACACCAGAGAUGUAUCAGCUGCCUGACGCACACCUGGCUUGACACCCAUAUCAGCUGAGGGCUUGAAUUGUUGGAACCAGCAGCAGCUGCAAGAGGUACAAGUGAUACUAAUGGACUUUGAGCUCUUUAUCACAUAUUUGAUGAAAUAUCAUGAUAUAUAAUGAAUAAAAACAAGGUCUAAAACAAAAAUAAAUAUCACCUAGAUGUUACGUUACAGAUUUCAGCUUUAUGUACCAAGUCAAACAAUAGGAAACUGUGUAACUUACUAUUACUGUGUAUCCAGUUAAGCAGUUUGCUAGUGGAGAGGCUAUUUAAAGUUCUGAAACAUUAUUCCUCCAUUGGAGGUGGCUGCUUUAGGAACAUUGCGUGUAUUACGUGAUCAGAAGCACCGCUCUAUAUUUAUCAAAUCAUGGGGCUUGCCGCGCUGCAUGCUUGUGCAAAAGAACGCCUACCAAAGGACGUACAUCAUGGUGCUGCUGAGACUCCAUACUUCCUAGACCUUCCCCUUCUGUAGACCAGGAUCACAGCUGAAGCGGGUCAGGUUAUAUCGAACACUCUAAGUCAAAAUGAAUGACUUUGAAUACAGUGUGGAGAUCUGUGACCGUGACUGGGAAUGCUUCUUUGCGGCGUGCGAGGAGUGUAACCUGCUUCCUCCUUCAUUAGCAGGUGUGGAUGACUCGGGGAUGAGUGACAUUGAUGAUACAGGGUCCAUUCUUGCAAAGAGCAUUCAGAAAGUUGACCUAACAGCAGGCUUUUCAGAGGCUGACCACCCCAUAGACGCCCCCCCAGACUGUGAGGGCUCUCCUGUGGAGCAUUACCUCAGCACACACACUGUCGGUGGAAUGGAGAGCGUCCUCUCGGGCAGUGAGGAGGAUAUUCACCUGCAGUCUGUCAAUAUAUUCUUUGAAAGGUUGAAAAAUGUUACAGAGGCUGAGGGGCUUACUGAGCCAAGCCAAGUGAGAGUUGGGAAAAACAGAGAGGCAAUAAAGGAGGAGGAGCGGUGUAGUGAUGGGCAGCGAGCCAGCAGCAGUACUUUGCCAAAAAACAUCCCCAAGUUAAACACUCUGCCUGCCAGGGGUGAAACAGCACUUGGCAAAGAGACCACAGAGACUGUCCACACCAUCAGCAACAAUAACACAAUGAAAAAAGACGAGGCUGGUUCCAACAUUUCCCCUGAACCUGCAGCCAGUAAAUUGUUCAAGACUAACAAAUCAGCUCACCCUGAAACAAAGUUAUCUCUCAGAGAGGAAAUCUGUACAGAAACCAGAGUAAAUGAGGCAAAACAGCGGAAUGGGUCCCAUGACUCACCGGACGGGGUUGUCUGCUCACAAACAACACCUCACACUGACAAAGUGAUGAAGGUGAAUAUGUGCACGCCUCUGGAUGAUGUUAAUCAAGAACAUUUGGUGACUAGUCAGUCAACUCACAGUACAAGGUGUAGCACUGACUCAUGGAGUACUCUAGAAAUUAUGUCAAAUGUUAAAUGGAAGGAAGACCGAACCCCUAACAGUGUAUAUUCAGACGCAACAAACUCAAACAAAACAGCGAGCCAAGAAUUGUCUCCGUCUGCCUCUAUCAAAAGGAAGAGAAAGAAGAAGAGACGACUCAGUGCUGAGCCAGCUGAGAGUGUGCAUGGAUAUGACAGGCCGGUUUUAGUCAAGCAGAGUGACUCAGAGGAAGAGCAGUAUGCAUGGAGAGCAGGUUCUGGUCUGUGUAUAUCAGAGGAUUUAUUUUAUUUAAAUGAACCACAGAAAAAUGUCAUGUCCUCUUUAACUGCAUAUUCAGCCACCACCAAUCUCCCAGUGAAGAUAUCUGCUAGGGAGAUAAAAGUAAAUGAUCUUUCUCACUACAGUCGUCCAUCUGACAGUCAUUACCAAUGUUUCCCAGAGAGCAUGGUCAGACAGAGAAGGUGUAAAGAAACAGGCUUGGUUGAAAAUAAUGCAACUAUCGUCAGCUCAGUAACCCCACUGAGUCAAACGGAUGACAGUGUAAUGUCAGCACAAAAUGGCAGUGGUAAUGUGACAACAAAUGUGCACCCUUGCAGCAAAUUACAGGCAGGGGAACCAACUGGACUGAAUAAGUAUCCUAUGUUGCCAGUUUCAAUGAGUGACAGUGUAAUUGGUAAAUCAGACCUGGCCACAAAAACAGCAAACUGUGGAAGGAAAGACGCAUACAAUCUGAGGCAGUCUGAUGAAAUGAAUAAUUCUGUCACUUGUUGUGGAAAUGAACAAAAUCAAGGUUCUUGUUCGGCAGAGGUCAAAUCAAUAACUCACAGUAUUUUACCAAGUGCUGAGUCAAAUGAUCCCACUGAGAAAGUCAGCCAAAAUGACAAACUAUCCACUGCUAAGUCAGUCCUGGCUGUGGAGGCUGGAAUUUCUGGCAGAGACAACUACGCACUGUGUCAAAGAGAAGCUGAGCACCAGCAACAGCUGGAAAUUGACUGUCACAACACAAACCAAUAUAGCUCUACAGUGAAAAAGACUCAUAUUGCUCUUUCUGAAAGUGAUAUGAGCGGUUCUAUUGCUCACAACACAAAACCCAAGCAAUUCAAAACUAGAGAGUGUCCAUUCUCAGAGGAAAUUUCCAGUCAGUUGGACUGUAUUAAAUUAAUAUCAGAUACAAGAAAUUCAUUGUCUGAUAAUAAUUGUCUGCCUAAAAGUCCCUCCAGUUCAGAUAUAAAGAUUGCAGUGCAGCAGACAGAACAUCCUCUGGUGCGUCACACAUUAUCCAGAUUUGAUGUUUUGUCAGAGAAAAACACAACAGCUGAGAGAGCUGGAUUAGCAUCAUCACAAAUAAUGUCUAAUCAUAGUGGGAAUCUCUUUCUAUCUGGUGAUAAGAGUCUAACAGGUAAAAGUCAGAGAGAAACCAAAUCGUCCAUGUCUGGCAACUUACUAACAAGUCCUUCAGAUAUUACAUCAGUAUCAUCCUGCUGUACUCUGGACACAGAAUCUGUCGUGUCACUCUCAAAUGAAAAUAUCACACACAUGUCAGAAAGCUCUGGUUUAUCUGUCAGCCAAAAUGACUCUGGAGGUCAAGGAGAAAAAACAUCCCUACUACUGGCAAGACAUGAGGAAGGAGACGGCACAUCUGGACCCAAAAGCCAGUCUGUAUUAAAUGAAACAAUAGAUUCAAAUAAUGAUUUAGUGGUCGGAGCAGAAGAUGCCAUCACAGCAUCUAUAGCACAAUGUGAAUCUGAAAAGGCACCGAAUUCAAAACAUUCAGUGUUCGCUAUGUCUUCUUUUUGGAGUGAGAUGGAGAAGCUCACGAUAAAUGAUAUUCUGGGUUUACGAAUGAUCAGCAAAGCUGCUCCACCAAGCUCCCUCCCACCUUUACAGGAAAGUGAGGAGACCAGAGAUUCAGGCUUUUUUACUCAAUUGGAUGAGCAAUCCACCAAGGAAACAUCCACCAACUCUGUAGAUUCAAGUUCAGGUUCUGUUAUGGCAGUCAAUUCGUCCUCCUCUAGAGGAAUGUGGGAGAGUGAACCAGUCACGUUGAGUCGAGGUGCUGAUGUUUACCCUGAGAGUAUGAUGUUGACAUCGGUUAGUGACAUUUCUCAACCAGUCUUCCCUGGAAGUGCUCAAACGUGCCUCAGAAAGAUUUCUAAAAACGUAAGUGUGCACAAUCUACAUGCCUUGGAAUCUCAGUCUUUCAGCAACACAUGGAAAGGCCAAUCUUUGCAAACCU